AUGACCGCUGAUCAAUGGCUUAUUCCGCCCCUGCCCGAUUCGAUUCCUCCGUCGAUACUGGCGAAAGCAGACGUGCUUGUAACGAAAACAGCUUUCCUUGCCGGCCUGCUCGCACCUGAAACUGCAGCAUGCUUGAGCAGACAGCUGAAGGUCUCUGACGCCGAGUCCUCGAGGAUCAUCGACGGGCACAACACUGACCUGGAGGUGCUGGAAGACGCAACCAACUUGGCUAGCACGCAGUCCACGUUGGGGGAAAUCACCGAGCUUCGUCGACGUCUCAUUGCGGCGCUAGCCCACCACUAUCACCUUGUACAAACUCAACCGCUAUCUGACGGUAUUGGGGCUAUGGCGAGGCUGGUCGUUCAUAUGCAUUUUGCUCAGAUCGGAAUGCAUCCGCACUUGUGGUCGCUGCCUCGUGGUAUAGCUUGUAGACGAGAGGAGUAUCACGCUGCACUGGGCCUAACUGGUAGCGAGCAAGGGCGACAACCUUAUGGUGGUUUUCAGCGAACAGACAAAGCCCUUCUCGGCUUCAUCGCGUUUAUGCUUGAUGUCUGCCAUGAAGAGGUCGACUACAUGAGUGCGGCCCUAAAUCGCCGCAAGCUUCGUGAAUCAGUUACGAAUGCGUUCAACACAAACUCACGCUUAACAGAGGCCGGAAUCAGAGCAGAAAUUGCACCAGCUUUCCUGGCGCUGCUGAUCCAGGGCGCGCUUCCUCGCUCUGAGUUCAAGACUUUUACCGGGCUUCAGCCUGAAGUAGCCAGCAAUCAAGUCGACAGGUUGAUCAACAUCGGCCUAGUGAUGAGUCUGCCAUCUGACGUCAGUCUGCUGGAGGAUGAAGCGACGAAUACGUCGGACAUUCGAUGUUCAGGAUUGAUGUCGAGCCGGGCCGUUUGGCCCGAAGCAGCGACAUUUAGAAAAUGCCUCGACAAGCCGCCUACUGCUAAGCCGCCCUCCCGCAAAGACGAGCGCAGUGCACUAGUGAUUGAAACCAUCAAGCUGGACAAUGGCAGCAAGCGAUACAGGGUUGUUGAUCUUGAAGAGGGAGGCUCAGCUAGCAAGCAUGGUGUGUUCAAGAUCAGGGCUGAGGCAGAUGUUGUUUGUUCGCUGCUGAAUGCCGAGCACCCACGUCAGAGCGGUGUAGGUCGUGCUUCCGCGAGCUCC